CAUUUUACUAAAUUUCUUUUUUCUAAUUCACUUCUUCAAUCCAAAAACCAUGAACUUCACUUUGGAUCAAUCAAACCUGGCAACAAGUAGCAAUACUUCUCAGACUGCUUUCAGAUGGUGGUCAAAAGAGACAGUUGCAGUAGUCACAGGAGCAAACAAGGGCAUUGGCUUCGAGCUCGUUAGAAAAUUCUCACAACUUGAGCUCACCGUGAUCUUAACUGCCAGAGACAUUACCAAAGGCAAAGAGGCAGUAGACUCACUUAAAGCCAUAGGACUCAAAAAUAUAGAAGUUUGUCAAUUAGAUAUCACUGAUAUUUCAUCAAUCAAAUCCUUUGUUUCUUGGCUUGAGAAGAGAUUUGGAGGAUUGGAUAUUCUGGUGAAUAAUGCUGGUGUUUGUUUUAAUGAGAUAAAUGGAAACUCGAUCGACUAUGCUGAGACUGUGAUCAAGACAAAUUUUUAUGGGCCUAAGAUAUUGACAGAAGCUCUUAUGCCAUUGUUUCGGAGAUCUGCAUCGAUGAGUAGGAUACUGAACAUUAGCUCACAGCUUGGAGCACAGACUCAAGUGAGCAAUCCAUCAUUAAGAGAACUUCUCCGAGAUGAAGGCAAUCUCUCAGAGAAAAAGAUCGACAAGAUGAUCUGUCAAUUUCUCUCGGAUGUAAAAAUGGGAGUUUGGCAAGAAAAAGGAUGGCCAAAUGUGUGGACAGACUACUCAAUAUCAAAGUUUGCAGUGAACGCAUACUCAAGGCUACUAGCAAAGCAAAACAUCGGGAGAAAUUUGAGUGUGAAUUGCUUUUGCCCGGGCUUCACACGGACGGCUAUGACUGGCGGCAAAGGCCAUCGGACGGCUGCGGAGGCUGCUGAGAUUGGAUCUUGGAUUGCUUUGCUCCCUCCUAAUGAGCUGCCUAAUGGGGAGUUCUUCAAGAUUCCCGCCCCUUCUAUUACCUCUAAGCUGUAGAGAUUUCUCUAUAUAUAGUUGCAGCUUUAUGUGUUCUAGUGUUUAAAGACACAGAAACUUACUUUGGUUGUUUAGAUAAAACUAUCCAUGUGUUGAGUGGAAUCUAGAAUCUUUAAAGAUAUGAGUUCAGAUGUAUG